AUGGCUGGAAGUGCAUUGCGAAGAUUGAUUGCUGAGUAUAAACAACUGACCACCAAUCCUCCGGAUGGUAUUCUUGCUGGUCCAAUGAGUGAAGAAAACUUCUUCGAAUGGGAAGCACUUAUAACUCUGCUAUUAAAAAGUUUUCCUUCUAGUGGACCAAGUGGCACACCAUUUGAAUUUGGUGUAUUUGUAGCAAGAUUAGCGUUUCCUACAGAUUAUCCAUUAUCUCCGCCAAAAAUGCGUUUUACUAGCGAAUUAUUUCAUCCAAACAUCUAUGCUGACGGUCGUGUUUGUAUUUCUAUAUUGCAUUCACCUGGCGAAGAUCCAAUGGGUUAUGAAACAAGUGCUGAACGUUGGAGUCCUGUGCAAAGUAUCGAGAAAAUAUUGUUAUCAGUCGUAUCGUUAUUAGCAGGUUAG